AUGGGACCCGUGUUUGGGGAGGAACACUGUAGAGUCUCUGAUGGGUCCCUGUUAAGUUCCGUUUGGUUUUGUUUUUAUGAAUUAUUGUUCACUGCAAAAUCUGGUGCGCUGCCAGUUCACGGAGGCCACCAUGCACGCGCAUGCGCUACUUCCUGUUCAAUGUCUCCCGCGCCAUCAUCUGUUGGAUGGUUACUUGAUGGAGCCAUGAGAUAUAUGGAUAUUCCAGUUCAUCGCAACAAACAAGAAAAAGAGACACACGCGCUUGCAGGAGGAGUGGGAAUGCACGCGCCAUUUUUGAGAAAUCCAAAAGCCGAUCAAGGAAAACGGCUUGACGUUGAUGACAGAGAGAAAGAGAGAAAAGAAAUGUACCUUAAAGAACCAACACUAUUCCUCUUUUUGUCUCACGAAGAUUGGCUUGCAACUCUUGCGUUUAUGUGGAGGGUUGCUGAGCCGAAGUUACUUCCGCGGAACUUGCCUAUCCUUGUUGAGGUAUCGAAAGCACACACAUCUUCAUCAAGAGAGUCAGGUCAGAGACUAAAUCGUCAGGAGGUUUCUGGUGCUGGUGGAAUUUCACUUAGAGAAGUGAAUCAAUUGUCAAAAACAAGGGAUGUGCAUGGCCCUAUUUCACAUCUGGCCUCAAUCAGAGAAGUGGCCCAGUUAACUAAUGCACGAAUAUAUUUGGUACAAGAAGAUAUGGGAUUUGAUGCUCGAUCCUCUGAGGAAUCCCUCACCUUUGAGCCCACUAUGACAUGGAAAGGAAAGGGCUCUUCACCGGAAGCUGAAGAGUUUGUGCCUGAUGUUGAGACAUUGAAGGGAAGCAGCUAUUCGUUUGAGGAUGGUGGUCCAAGUUUAUUUGCUGGUGCUAGUCAUCCCCCAGAACCUGUUGAUACAGAUCUAAUGAGAACGGUUUAUGUACCAAUAGGUCAAAACAAAGCUGAGGCUAGUUGCUUAAUUAAGAACUUGCCCACAAAAGGCCCUUUCUUGGAAGAUCUCUCCAUUCGUGUUCCUGCAAAGAAACCAAACCCAGCUGUUCUUUCCCCUGAACAAAGUCUGGUUGAAGAACUAAAUGACAUAGGGAACUUGGCAUUUUUGGGUCCUCGAGCAUCACAGCAUACCGAGAAUUCUGUACUCCCACCAGAUGCUGAGGAAAAAGAAUGUGUUUGGGAUGCUUCUUUGCCUCCUAGUGGCAAUGUCAGUCCACUUAGUAGUAUUGAUAGUACUGGUGUUGUUACCGCAAUGAGCAUUGUUAAUAGUUGUGCUAGUACAUAUCGGAGUGAUGCAAUGACUAGUGAUGGCAUGCUUAGUUUAGACAGGAACUUUGAUAGUACUAAAGGGAGUGUAAGGGGGGAUUCACUGGAGAGUGCUAAAACUAGUGCCAGCCGGGCAAGUGAUAGCAGUGGCCUCAGCGAUGACAGCAACUGGAGCAACAUUACUGGUAGUGCCAAUAAGCCUCACAAAGGAAAUGAUCCUAGGUGGAAGGCUAUUCUUGCCAUCAGAUUACGGGAUGGAAUUUUGGGCAUGAGUCAUUUUAGGUUACUCAAACGUCUAGGAUGUGGCGACAUUGGAAGUGUGUAUCUUUCAGAACUGAGUGGAACCCGGUGUUAUUUUGCUAUGAAAGUUAUGGAUAAGGCUUCCCUUGCAAGCAGAAAGAAGCUGACUAGAGCACAGACAGAGAGGGAGAUAUUGCAGUUGCUGGACCAUCCAUUUCUACCAACUUUGUAUACACAUUUUGAGACUGAUAGAUUCUCGUGUUUGGUAAUGGAAUAUUGUCCAGGAGGUGAUCUGCACACUUUAAGGCAGCGACAACCUGGGAAACAUUUCUCAGAGUAUGCUGCACGGUUUUAUGCUGCGGAGGUCCUGCUUGCUCUUGAAUAUCUUCACAUGCUUGGAGUGGUGUAUAGAGACCUUAAACCCGAAAAUGUGUUGGUCCGAGAUGAUGGUCACAUAAUGCUAUCAGAUUUUGAUCUUUCCCUUAGAUGUGCUGUGUCACCUACUCUAAUUAGAUCAUCCUAUGACAGUGACCCUUCCAAACGUGCUGGUGGUGCAUUCUGUGUUCAACCUGCAUGUAUUGAGCCAUCAUCAGUGUGCAUCCAACCUGCAUGUUUUAUUCCUCGGUUAUUUUCUCAGAAAAACAAGAAGCUAAGGAAACCAAGAGUUGAUCCUGGGCUGCCAUCCAGCACACUUCCAGAGCUAGUUGCGGAGCCUACUGCAGCUCGGUCUAUGUCCUUUGUUGGCACACAUGAGUACCUUGCCCCAGAAAUUAUCAAAGGAGAAGGUCAUGGAAGUGCAGUUGAUUGGUGGACAUUUGGAAUUUUCUUGCAUGAGCUAUUAUAUGGUAAAACCCCUUUCAAAGGUUCAGGAAACCGCGCUACACUUUUCAAUGUAGUAGGCCAACAGCUCAGGUUUCCGGAAUCACCUGCAACCAGUUACGCCAGCAGGGAUCUGAUCCGGGGGUUGCUAGUGAAGGAGCCACAGCAUCGGCUAGGGUUUAAAAGGGGUGCAACUGAGAUCAAGCAGCACCCCUUUUUUGAAGGGGUGAACUGGGCAUUGAUUAGGUGCAGCACGCCCCCAGAAGUGCCGAGACCAGUGGAAAAUGAACAACUACCAGGGAAGGUUGGACCAGUUGAUAAUACUGUUGGGGUUGGCAGCACUAGUAAGAGGACAGUAGGUACUACUACUGACAACAUGAAGUCGGGGGGUAAAUAUCUGGACUUUGAGUUCUUUUAG